CCCAGAGAGAGGGAGACUGGUUCAAUCCGAAGAUGGAGACGGUAGGUGACGAUGACCUCUGCUGGCUGCAGCUUGAUGACUUCAGGAUGAUUCUCAUCAAAACCAUUGAACCUUCAAGAAUCACUCCCUACUUACGACAGUGUCAGGUGGUCACUGCUGAGGAUGAGGAGCAGCUCUUCAAUGACCCGGCUCUCGUCAUAAGGAGAAGAAAAGUUGGAGCCUUGCUGGACCUCCUACAAAGAACGGGUGUCAAAGGUUACACCGCUUUCCUGGAAAGUCUGGAGCUGGAUUAUCCUCAACUGUACAGCCGCAUCACCGGGAAGGAGCCCAACAGAACCUUCAGCAUCCUUAUCGACACAGCAGGUGAGUCCGGUCUCACUCAGUUCCUCAUGUCGGAGCUCAGCCGCCUGCAGAGGGCGCUUCAGGACGAGAGGAGGCGCCGCCAGCGGGCCUGCUCCCUUGCUAAGGAACAGGACGCGUUGUCCCGGCAGCAGCAGCUGAAGGAGCACGAGCUGAGGAAGCUGAGUGAGCGCGUGCAGAAGCUCCGGGAGGAGCGCGAGCUUCUGAGCGAGGAGGCGAAACAGCUCCGAGACCACAACUACAGCCUGAUGGCCGACAUCACCGGGCUGGCCCAAGAGAAGAGCGCCGCCCUGCUGGCCAACCGUGACCUGCAGAUAGAGGUUGAACGUCUGAAACACACGGUGCAGCGAGCUGAGAGUCAGACCAGAAUCCUGAGAAGAAGAACCAUGAGACAGGAGAGCAUUCUGUCUCCUCCCACCGAGACCUUCUUCCACCCAAACAAAGUGGAGGAGACACAGGAGAAGAAACAGGAGGAGACACAGGAGGAGACACAGGAGAAGACACAGGAGGAGAAACAGGAGGAGAAGAAAGAGGAGAAGCAGGAAAAUGAGGGUCAACCUCCUCAGAUUGACUUCUUCACAACAGUGCUACGGCUGAGGAGACAACUCCGCAGAGCAGAGGAGCAGAGAGACAGGAACCUGGAGGAGAAGGAGGAGCUGCAGCUGUUCUCCACCCAGCUGAAGGGAGAUGUCAGGAUGUACCGGCAACGAAACAAACAAACCCUCAGACAACUGGAGGAGGUGAUCAGCGAGAGAGACAAGGCUCUGUCUUCGCGGGCAGAGCAGCAGGAGGAGGUGCGGCUGCUCCUGCAGGAGAAGGAUCAUUACAGGGAGCAGGUCAGAAUGCUCACUGAACAAUCCGAUAAAUUGGAGCUUCUCCUGCUGAGGUCACAGGGGGAGGAGCUACAGCUGAGGACACGCCUCCGCAUACUCAGCAGCAACACCCACCAGAUGGAGCACAGUGUGAGCAGCGAGGGAGAGGAGCCCCCGCAGAAGGCAGCUGAAGAGGUGUGCAGUGGGACAUCUGGGGAGAACGAGGAGGCGCAGACCCUGCAGCAAGGGGACUCUAUUGUGGGAGGAGCCACAGAGUCUGAACAGAGGCCCAGCAGAGCAUCAUGGGUAAUUGAGCUGAUGACGACGAGGAGACGCACGGCUGUCUCACCUCCAGGGGGCAGCACAACUUCCUCUACCGCAGGAAGCGGGCCGUCCGGUCGAAGCUCGUCUGGAGGGAGUGCGCCGCCGGUAACCAUGACGACAGCAGCGGGAUGGACUCCUCAGACUCCGACUGAGGAGAAGAUGGCUUCAAAGGAGCCUGUUUGGUCCUGUCUCCUUUUAUUAGUUUUAGUUUCAUCAUUUAAUCAUUACAAUGAAAUAAAUGAAAAAGUAUCUUUAACCAAGUAAAGAUGUUUAAUUUGAACGUGGAACAUUAAAUUGUCCUGUAAAAAGUCUCUUCUCAUUCAUCAGAAACACAAUGAAUCAUAAAGGCAGCAGAUAGAGAAACAUGAAUGAAUGAAAUAAGGGAAACUAAACAUCUGAACUUUAAAAUGCACGAGAAGACGAGAAGCACAGCAUGAGUCAGGCGUUCAGCUGGUUCUUUUAUCUCGAUGAAUCCUUUGACAUUACCAUGGAGGAUCUUCUAAAAUCCCCUGAUGCCGAUGGUCCUUUGGGGUCCAGAGUCUGACAAUAGUCUUCAUCUGCCAUCUGGGAAACCACUUCUCUCCAAACAGUGGUACAUCUAUGUCGGGGAGCCCAGGCCGAGCCCCCCAGCAGUGGUGUACAAUGCAGUGUGUGAUAUCUCA